GCUAUACACUGCUACAACUGUGCAGUGUGAACUGUGUUUUGUACUUGUACUGUUUACUGCCACGCAGGCACACUAAAGUUAACCAACCGCUGUGGAUGGGUGGGAUCGACCCGAGCAAACUGGUAGCCACGUCGCUAGCUAACAACGUUAGCUGUCUAACGUCAGCGAACAUCACAAUGGACUUGCCACAUCACGGGUACCGAGCAACUAAACCAAGAGCCCGUGCGGCUCCCCCCACAGCUGAUUCUGUCCUGUUUGACGACACCAGCUCUGCAGCACCUGCAAUGAACAGUCAUGGGUAUUACACACCUGGGUACAAUGUGGGAGGACCCACAAAUGACAUGCAAGGAGGUGCUGGGAUGAACAACCUGUUUACUGACCCAAUGGCCAAUGCUGCAAUGAUGUAUGGCUCAUCAUUAGCAAAUCAAGGAAAGGAUAUGGUUAACAAAGAGAUCAGCAGAUUCAUGUCUGUGAACAAGCUGAAAUACUUCUUUGCCGUCGACACCAGAUACGUACUGAAGAAACUUAUGAUCCUCAUGUUUCCUUACACACAUCAGGAUUGGGAGGUCCGUUACCAUCGGGAUACUCCACUGACUCCAAGACAGGAUGUGAAUGCCCCUGAUCUUUACAUACCAACAAUGGCUUUCAUUACCUACAUUUUACUUGCUGGAAUGGCCCUUGGCAUUCAGAAAAGGUUCAGUCCAGAGGUUCUUGGACUCUGUGCCAGCACUGCCCUUGUGUGGGUCAUCAUCGAGGUCUUGGUGAUGCUGUUGAGUUUGUACCUUCUGACAGUACACAGCGACCUGUCGACAUUUGAUCUUAUUGCCUACAGUGGAUACAAAUAUGUUGGGAUGAUCUUCACAGUGUUGUGUGGCCUGCUGUUUGGCAGUGAUGGUUAUUUUGUGGCCCUUGCCUGGUCCUCUUGUGCUCUUAUGUUCUUCAUUGUUCGAUCUCUGAAAAUGAAGAUCCUUCCCUCCAUCUCCUCGGACUCCAUGGGAACUGGAUCAAGUGCCAAACCCAAACUCCGCCUUUAUAUUACUGUGGCUACAGCACUCUUUCAGCCGAUCAUUAUAUACUGGUUAACCUCUCACUUGAUCAGGUGACUGUGAGGCUUCUAAUAGCCUGAAGUCCAUGUGUACUGGACCCAGACAGUGUGGUUGUUGAGUGUUUGUAAACCUGCCUUGAUAUGCUCUUUUGUCAGUAAAUUCAAAACAUAUGUAGAUGUUGUUGAAUUGCAGCCUGUGUUGCGUUUGUCUGACAGACAUGGUUGUAAUGCAGUGGUUUCAUUGAUUUAACCACAAUGUGCGACACAGAAAACGCCUCACUGGAAGACUUGUUCCCUUCCACCAUGAGCGUACAGUAACACUGACAGAUGCUUAUUUUUUGGCCAAAUAACAUUGAAAAUAAGGGCUUUCGUUGAAACAUUUGGUUGAUAGUAACUCGGAUUCAAUUUUCUUUUUGUAUAUUUUUGGACAUGCUUUCCAGUAUUUUUUUUCCCCCCACGCAGUAUAAACCGCACAAACAAAAGCACGCACAUUACACACACGGUUUGAUUUCCACAUUUCUGGUAUGGUGAUGUUGCUGCAACGUUUCCCUUUCUUCUGUAAGUCUUGGAUUUUAUUUAUCUACAUCUGACAAAGCAUGACAAUGUUUGGAUUUUUUUGUAGAAAAAAAAUACAUAUUUAGCUUUGUGCAUUUAACUCUACCAGUUUCUGACUUUUUGAGACUCUUGUUCUGUGCGAAGAACUAGUUCUGUCAGGAAUGUAUUUCUGUAUUUGUUGUAUCUGAUUUGUUUUUCCUAUGAAAAAUUGUGAUUUUUCUCCAUUAAUAUUUUUUUUUUCACAGA